ACUCUCCAGUUUAUCCAAGCGCGUAAAGAGCGCGUGGAACAAAAUGGAGACAAAUUACGCACCAAAACAUUGAACCGCGGGGCCAUUAACAUCUUGUCUGUUUUGAGUUAAAACCAUGCUGCCUCAAGACAUAGGUAAAACCAAACCAAGAUGCGUUUCGGAACCGGUUUUUGGUCCGGAUUUCGACGCUGGCUCCGUGUCGUCGCGGCUGCAGAAGGCGAGGGAGUUUUCGGUGAACGCGAUCCGGCGCCGGUCCGGUUCCGCCGCGGAGCGUAAAGUGAGCUGCGUGCUGGUGGGAGACGGGGCUGUGGGCAAAACAAGCCUCGUCGUGAGCUACACCACAAACGGAUAUCCGAGCGAGUACGUGCCCACCGCGUUUGAUAACUUCACAGUUGUGGUUAUGGUGGAUGGAAAACCAGUGCGUCUGCAGCUCUGUGACACAGCUGGACAAAAAUGGGGACUGGUGGAUGGAGCCAUAAAUGACGAGCUUGAACACCUUCGUCCUCUUUGCUACCGAAACGCAGAUGUCUUCCUCUUGUGCUACAGCGUGGUCCGACCCUGCUCCUUCCAAAACCUUACCCAUCGUUGGCUUCCUGAAAUCAGGCGGCACUGUCCCAACGCCCCCUUGAUCCUGGUGGGCACUCAGGUCGACCUCCGCGAAGAUGUCCAGGUCCUCAUCCAGCUAGCCCAGAAUCAACAGCGUCCGGUGGGCAGUGAGGAGGGGCGACGCCUGGCUCUGGAGCUCGGAGCUGUGGAGUUUUGUGAAUGCUCUGCUUUGACACAGAAGGACCUAAAGGAUACCUUUGACACAGCAAUUCUGGCCAGUCUUCAGGAGGGGGUGAGCUGUGGGGGACAGGAGGGGAGGAAGGGGGAGACGCUUAAAAUGACACUGAGGAGGAAGACUCCAGAGAAGAUGAAGAGUUUGAGUGAGACGUGGUGGAAGAAGAUCAACUGUCUGAUGGGAGAGCACAGCUGUGAACUGAUAUGAACAAUUAAACUUUAAAGGGGAACUAUGUAACUUUUCAAUUUGUGGGUAUGCUUACCCGCUUGUACCCAUGGAGAGGUUAUUGCUAUGCAUGGAAUGUUCCACAGUACGACAUAAAACAUAUCUAUUUAGAAUGUACUCAAUUACAGGCGCUUGCAUUGCUCAAACAUACCUUACUGUCACCUCUCUAACCUGUAUUUUGCCCUGGUGCCAUCACCUUAUCUUCAUGGAGAUUUAAUUUCAUACAGUGGAACAAUCCAGACAAAGCAGUAACGUCUCCACAUACACAAGCAGGAGACAAACUUAUCAUUAGAAAAGUUGGUGCACAUUUAAGUUAAAGGGCCCGUAUUACGCUAUUUUAUUAUUAAUUUUUUAAUGUUUCCACAUCACAAACAGACCUGGAGUUGUGUUUUGUGCCAUUCACACAUGUAACACACCAACCCUGCACAUUUAGGCUGAGUUUGUCUCUCAAACAGAAAACACUCUGUUCCAGCUUGUUGUGUCAUUAAGUCAUAAUACAGGAAAUGCUGCACUGUGUUUUUAAACUCUAU